UGUUGUCAGUGUGGCCAAACGUUACGGGAGAAAGGGGCAACAGCAACAGACCUGUUCCACCUUUUCCAGAGACGAUCAGUGCAGAAAACCCAGGCAAGAUUUUAUGCCACUACAAAUGGUUCCACCAAUGACACAAGUUACAUAAGAAACAUUGGCAUCAUGGCACACAUUGAUGCUGGGAAGACGACUACCACGGAGAGGAUGCUGUAUUACUCAGGGACAACAAAACACUUAGGAGAUGUUGAUGAUGGUGACACAGUGACUGACUACAUGCCACAAGAACGAGAUCGUGGGAUCACAAUCACAUCAGCUGCAGUCACAUUCUUCUGGAAGGAACACCGAAUUAAUCUAAUCGAUACUCCAGGUCACGUUGAUUUUACAAUGGAAGUAGAAAGAUCGCUACGAGUGUUAGAUGGAGCCAUUGCUGUAUUUGAUGCCUCACAAGGGGUGGAGGCACAGUCCCUUACAGUUUGGCGUCAGGCAAACCGAUACGCAAUCCCACGGCUGGCAUUUAUCAACAAGAUGGAUAAGAUAAAUGCAGACUUUCAGUUUUGUUUACGUUCCAUCAGAGACAGGCUACAUACUAUUCCAGUACCAUUACAGAUCCCAAUUGGUAAGCACAAACAAUUUUCAGGCGUUAUUGAUGUAGUUGCUAUGGAAACAGUUACUUGGAAAACAGGAAUGGGAGAUGAUGGAGGAUGUACAUUUAUCCGCGAAGAAAUCAACAAGAACAACGAUGCAGAAUUAUGGCUAAGAACAUUGGAUGCUAGAAUCAGGUUGAUAGAUCAGCUGAUAGAUCUGGAUGAAGAAUUUGCUGAACCUAUUUUGGAGCAAGAUGAAAUUGUCUACAUUGACGUGCCAUCAGAAGAGAUAGUGAGUGCAGUCCGAAGGCUUACCAUUGCACAGAAGAUUGUACCAGUGUUAUGUGGUAGUUCACUCAAGAACAAGGGAGUACAGCUUCUCAUGGAUGCUAUCAAUGCCUAUUUGCCUGCACCCUGUCAGAGGCAACAAGACUUUGUGAGUCUCUAUGGAAAUGAUUUGUGCGCCUAUGCCUUCAAGAUAAUCCAUGAUAAACAAAGAGGAGCUCUGGUCUUCUUGCGUGUUUAUUCAGGAACCAUUAAAUCCCAGUCAUCCAUCUAUAAUGUCAACAGAAACUGCACAGAGCGUAUGAGUCGUUUACUGUGGGUGCUUGCUGAUAACCACAAGGAGGUGGACAGCAUGACGGCUGGUAACAUUGCUGUGGCUGUUGGCCUUAAACAGACAGUUACUGGUGAUACUCUGGUGUCAUCUAAGUCUGCUCUGAAUGCUGCACAGAGAACAUGGAAGAGACAAAGUCAAUCUAAUGAUGAGACUGAGGUUCCUAUGCUGGGAGGGCUGGAUGUCCCUCAACCUGUCUUCUUCUGUACAAUUGAGCCAACAUCACAGGCAUAUCAAGCAGAUUUGGAGAGAGCCCUUGAAUGUUUACAACGAGAGGAUCCCAGUCUUCAUGUUAGAACAGACACCGAUACAGGCCAGAUGAUUCUUUCUGGUAUGGGGGAACUCCAUCUUGAAAUUAUUGUAGAUCGAAUUCGUAGGGAAUAUAAAGUAGAUGCUGAGAUGGGUCCACUUCAAAUCUCAUACAGAGAGAGAUUAACUCAGUCUGUAACUGAACAAACAACUCUGGAUCGCGUCAUUGGUGCACAACACCACCUAGCAACCAUAACAUUAUCUUUACUACCAAAAGAGGAGGAGUCGGGCGAUUCAGUGACAUUCAACGUAUCAAAUGACUUGAACGUUGGCAAGGAGGUAGUUGAAGCUGUCAGGAAUGGUGUUUUAUCAUCAUGUCAGCAAGGUCCUCUGAUUGGUUUUCCUGUCAUAGAUAUGCAAAUUAGUUUGACAAACCUAAACCUGAGUCCAGGUACUGCCCCAGCAAUGGUGUCUGCCUGUGCAUCACAGUGUUUACACAGCGCCCUCAAUGCUGGCGGCAGUCAGCUUCUUGAACCCAUGAUGAAUUUAGAGAUUGUUACUGAUGAGGCAAGGCUUGGAACGGUGCUUGGUGAUUUAAAUUCAAGGAGGGGUCAAGUUGUUGCCAUAGAGAAUCGAGAUGAAAGUAGAAUAUUGUUUGCAAGGACACCUCUCUCAGAAAUGAUGGGGUAUUCAACUGCUCUACGGAGUCUCACAUCAGGCACCGCAACUUUCUCUCUGGAGUUUUCAAAUUAUGAGCCUGUAAGCAGAAAUGAGCAGGACAAAAUUAUCAAAAAGAUUACUGGCUUGUAAUUAAUUGGACACUAAACUUGUUUGUAAAGUUGGCUCCAUCUUUUAGCUUUCUUUAACAAGGAGUUGAUGCACUCUGUGUGAUGGGAUUCAUGGGUUUUGUAAACCAUCAGGUGCUAUUUGCCCCCUCGAGUGUACACAACACCAUGGACCUCAUCACAGUGUGCGACAAUGCAAUAAUGACAUGAGCUGGCCUACUUGGUGUGUGCAAUGUAAUCAAUUCAACAAGAAUGUUUGUUUAAAUCUUAUCUCUAGAAACCUUUCUGCUGAGCACAAAAACCAAAUGUUCAGAAAUUCAGAAAAAAAAAAUCAGAAUGUCCAUUAGUUAUUUGUGAAUGUGUCCCGGCUAAAGUUUCUAUUUUGCUUCUGUGUAAGUUUGGUCCAAUAGGUUGAAUUACAUUUGCACAUAAAUUCACCCUCCCUACCAUUGACCAAUGAUAUCAAUUGACAUAAAUAUCACUUAUUCAUUUUUGUAUUUGUUUAUUUGUCUGACACGUUUGCAUGACUUAUCAAUUAACAUUCCCAUAAUGUCAUUGAUUCAAUACUUAAUGUUAAAGCAUGCAUUUUAUAACUUCAACAUUUCACUGCUUACAAUGUUACAUUGUGUGUUCAGAUUUGUUGACUUUCAGUCUGUUCUGAAUACUUCUGAAAAUGCAUCAAUGCUUCAAAAAGAUCCUAACAAAAACUUGGUACAACAAUGGUUUUGGGAAUGGCAUUUUCGUUCAAACCAUUUGUAUUCAUGGUUAUAUAAUAUUUAUAAGUAAACUUAUCAUAAGAGAUGGUGCAACCUUGUUGUUUGAUCCUAAUACAAUAUAGACAUUUAUAAUGGUGCCAUAUUUGAAUAUUAUCCCAAACUAACAAACAAUUCACAGGCAUGGUAGAUCAUUUGAAAUUGGUAACAUUAUUUUCAUUGAUAAUAGUUAUUCAUCGCUGCCCAAAUGCUCAUAAUAAUAAUAAUAAUAAUAAUAAUAAUAAUAAUAACUAGAGGUACAUGUACAUGUACAG